AUGGAUUAUAGCACUACAUACGCUAUCGCCGCCGCUAUCGCGCUCACAAUCGAGUACUCGCAACACAUACUAAAAUACAACCUCGACAUUCGUGUUGAGUGUUUGUGCUGGAUAUUCUUGUAUGUCGCGAUUAAAUUGCAUCACAAAUUUAUACGACAGCCGACAGCGGCGCUCGACAAUGGUAUAUUGUCGCAGGACCAGAUAUACGCCUUCAACUGGAUAACAUGGAGCACUUCAAUUUGCAUUGCUGGGGCGCGUGUCUUAAUGGUGCAUCAUGAUACAGUAUUGGCAAUGAACUUCACAAUCGCCUACUUUGCCGAAGCCAGGAGGCCAUAA